AUGACAGAUAAUCGCAUCGAGUCUCUCCUUUCCAGCACGGGUGAGCCUAUGUUCGUGAAAUCCAGGCUUCCUAGCCUCCAGCGACUUGAGUUGCGUGGAAACCAGUUGCUUACUACUCAGGGUCUUGAGAAGAUGGAUCAUCUAGUUGAAUUAUAUCUAGCUGCCAAUAUGAUAAAACGGCUAGAUGGCAUUGAUCAAUUAUUUUGCCUGACUCGGCUACAUCUGCGCGACAAUCAAAUAACUAAUCUAGACGGCUUCUCACAAAAAAUGGUCCUAUUGGAAUACAUUAAUUUAAGGUUACAAGAUUAUUUUUAA